AGAAUGUAGUCAUGAUUUCAUCUCCUUUCACAUUAGCAGCCUCACUAAUAAUAUCAAUUUAGUCAAACUUCACAAUAACUGGAACAAAAUGGACUCAUUUGCUAAUUAAAUGUCAAACUCGUACUCUUCUUCAACAAUCUUGCUCAUUGAUUCUCACCCUUUUUUAUCCUCUAAAAUCCCAACAACCCUAAAUUUCAGGUUUAUUAAUUGGAAAAGAAGUUUGAAGAAAUCAUUAAUGGCGCAGCCUCCAAUUUUAUCGAUUGCUUUGCCUUCUGAGACUGGCCGCGUUCUCAGUAUUCAGUCUCAUACUGUUCAGGGCUAUGUAGGCAAUAAAUCGGCUGUCUUUCCACUUCAACUUCUUGGAUAUGAUGUAGACCCGAUCAAUUCCGUACAGUUCUCUAAUCACACAGGAUAUCCAACAUUUAAAGGCCAAGUUUUGAAUGGGAAACAACUAUGGGACUUAGUAGAAGGUCUAGAAGCAAAUAAUUUGUUGUUCUACACUCAUUUGUUGACAGGUUAUAUUGGUUCUGUCUCAUUUCUGGAUACUGUAUUGGAAGUUGUUACUAAACUGCGAUCUGUGAAUCCUGGACUUAUAUAUGUUUGUGAUCCAGUCAUGGGCGAUGAAGGAAAGCUUUAUGUUCCUGAAGACCUGGUGUCAGUAUAUAGGGAAAAGGUUGUUCCUGUUGCAUCGAUGUUGACGCCUAACCAGUUUGAAGCUGAACUGCUGACUGGUUUGAGGAUUGUAUCAGAACAAGAUGGGAGGGAAGCUUGUAACAAACUUCAUGUUGCUGGACCAGCAAAGGUUGUCAUCACGAGCAUAAAUAUUGAUGGUAAUCUCUAUCUCAUUGGCAGCAAUAAGAAAGAAAAGGAUGGGACACCUGAGCAAUUCAAGAUUAUGAUUCCAAAAAUCCCAGCAUAUUUUACGGGAACAGGAGACCUAAUGACUGCACUACUACUCGGAUGGAGCAAUAAGUACCCUGAUAAUCUUGCUAAAGCAGCAGAACUUGCAGUUUCAAGUUUGCAGGCAGUUCUGCAUAGGACAAUACACGACUACAAAGUUGCAGGAUUUGAUCCUAAGACGAGCAGUCUAGAAAUCCGAUUGAUUCAGAGCCAGGAUGAUAUCCGUAAUCCCCAAGUCAAGUUCAAUGCUGACAAGUAUAGUUAGUGCAAAGUAGCUGCUUGAUAAUACAAAGUAAUACUCCAAUCACACUUACCGGUGGAGGUUUGGAAGCAAUUUCUUCCAUUUAAGACUUGCUCGGGAAGUUGUACUCAACGUUUUUGUCAAUCAAACAACCUUCCCAAUUUCGUAGUUCCCUCUCAUUACAGCUUCAAAUGAUUUCCCUUUUCAGUCAAACAACCUUUAUAUUCAUUUUGUAAAAACAUAAGAUAUUAUGACUUUGACACAAAAGCUCGAUAUAGACACACCACAUUGUUUGUUUCAAAUCUUUAAAGAAAUUUCUUUUUGGUGUUUAGGGAGCCACAAAGUGCUGCUCUGGAGAAUGUAAAUGUAAUGUCGUUUUUGUUAACCUUUAUUUCUAUUCUUGAUUGUUAAUUGAAACUAAAAUUAUAUGCA